GCACAUCACUAGCGCCUCUGAAUCGUUGCGAAAAAUAAUCGUUGAACCGUACUGUCCGUGACUGCGUUGACUAUUUUAUUCGCAAAUCCCUAUUAUUCAAGUAGUUUUACUGUUAUUUCUUAAUCAUAACUAAUACGCAAUCGUUAGUUAAAUAAAUGGCAGACAAAAAAGUAACGCCGCCGCUGGGCGCGUACCCGCAGCCGCAGCCGCCGCAGGGGCCCUUCCUGCCGGCACCGCCACAGCACGCCGCGCCGCAGUAUGGAGUGGCUGGAGGCUCUCCGUACGGCGUGACCUUCGGCGGGGCGGGGGCAGGCGCUGGGGGCGCCGUGUACGCCCCGCCCCCCUAUGACCAGCUGCAACACCAUCAGAUCCCAGCUCUCACCCAGCAGCUGCCGCAAAUGUAUAGCCCGGCAGCGGCGAUGUACGCAGCGGCAGCCGGCUACCCCGGCUACAUCGGCUACCCGGUGCAGUACUACCCGUACUACCCGAUGCAACCCUCUAUUCAGCCUUUACGUCCGACCAUCAUGAUCCCGCAGAACGGGUUCGAGGCCGGGGGCAGGUUCGAGGGGCUCGCGCAGACGCUGCUCCCCCCCGCGCCGCCCAACGUGCCCCCCUCCCCCGCGCACCUGGCCGCGCUGCAGCCGCACCAAGUGCUGUUCGAGGGGCUCGCGCAGACGCUGCUCCCCCCCGCGCCGCCCAACGUGCCCCCCUCCCCCGCGCACCUGGCCGCGCUGCAGCCGCACCAAGUGCUGUUCGAGGGGCUCGCGCAGACGCUGCUCCCCCCCGCGCCGCCCAACGUGCCCCCCUCCCCCGCGCACCUGGCCGCGCUGCAGCCGCACCAAGUGCUGUUCGAGGGGCUCGCGCAGACGCUGCUCCCCCCCGCGCCGCCCAACGUGCCCCCCUCCCCCGCGCACCUGGCCGCGCUGCAGCCGCACCAAGUGCUGUUCGAGGGGCUCGCGCAGACGCUGCUCCCCCCCGCGCCGCCCAACGUGCCCCCCUCCCCCGCGCACCUGGCCGCGCUGCAGCCGCACCAAGUGCUGUUCGAGGGGCUCGCGCAGACGCUGCUCCCCCCCGCGCCGCCCAACGUGCCCCCCUCCCCCGCGCACCUGGCCGCGCUGCAGCCGCACCAAGUGCUGUGA